AUGUCUUCGUCGUCGUCUGUACAUCCUGGCCAUUCUAGUUCAAAACUUAGUAGGAUAAGACGAAAAGUUCAGAGGCCAAAUGCACAAAUUGAAAGCGGAAGCAUUGCCGAGUCACUAAAUCAACCCCCAGCUGCAACACAUCUUCGUGGUGAGAUGGAACGACAAACACCUCCAAACGCCAUACCAAGUGGUAUAUUAGAUACAUCUCCACCCCAAACUUCACAAUCAUGGGGCAGCGAAGGAUUACAACAAGUUGGAAUACUAAGUAGGGAAGCACAAUUUGGGAAAUUCUCUCUAGAGAAUAUUCUUUCUGUGCCGGAUGUUCUGAGACCUCACCCUCCACCGAGAUCACCAACCCCAAGUGCAGAUAACUUCAAUGAUCCGAUCACAUACCCUAAACUCCAUACAUUUGAUUGCGUUCGCCAACGUUCAUCAUUCCUCCUCACUGCAAUUCUUUCAGCCUCUUCUAAAGCGUUUCACCCCGCGCUUCAUCCCACACUCAGGUCGCAUACCGAAAAUCUACUCGGAAGGGUAUUUACCCGGGGAGCUAAGUCCACAGAGAUUGUUCAAGCAAUAUUAAUCUUUACUUAUUGGAAAGAACCAGCUGAGAUACGCACUUGGCUACUCGUUGGCUAUGCCAUUCGCAUGUGCAUUGAGCUCGGGUGGCACGAACUGAAACCGGUGACACAAAAGCCGCGGACCUCGACCGAUGAAUUAAGCAUCAGGGAAGCUAGAAAUAUUGAGAGAACAUGGCUGGUAUUAUUUGUUUAUGACAGAAGCUUAAGCUUACAACUCGACAAACCCUGGAUGAUAGACCAAAACAACCUGAUAUCAAAAGCAAGCGAAUGGUACCAAGAAGAAUACGCUGUACCUGGUGGGGAUCUGCUUCUCUCGGCGUUUGUCUGUCUACGUUUAAUCAGUGCCGAGUUUCUCGAGCUUUCGUCAUCGACUAAAUUAGAUUCUCAAAAGUUCCGGUCAGAAAUUUUGUCUAAACUCUUAAACACCGAACUCAACGCCUGGGAAAAGGAUUGGUUGCCCAAAUUUGAAGAUGAAAUGGUCGCACCUCCUCAGCAAUUCCUUGUCAACUUCUAUGGCUUACAUCUCCGCCUCCUUCUCAACUCCUAUACUUUGCAACAAUCCCUCAAAGCUGCAAAGGAAGGAUCUGCAGUAUCGAAAUCAGCACUGUGGCAAUGUUCUUCAAGUGCAAUCGGCAUGUUGGAGAAUAUAUCGAAAGUCAUUGGGCCUCUCAAACAGCUCUACUUUGUACAGGACUCUGUUCAUGUGAUGACAGCUUAUGCUGCCAUAUUCCUCAUUAAGUUGCUGCUAUCUCUUCCUAAGAAUUUACGCUCAGAUCUCGAGACUCAAUCGUUACAGGCAAUUCUCCUCUCAUCCGAUACCUUCUCAGAACAAUGUGCUACAAAAAUGACGGGCUGUGCAAUGCAAGCACGAUUCUUGAAAAAUCUCGUUGGGAAAUACCAUAGAUUGAAAUCCCAUGCUAGCAAUCAAGUCCGAGAUCACGGUGUUCACUCGCAUCAACCCGACAUUCCAACGUCACUAGAGAGUCUCCAUAAUCGAAUGAACACCGAUGUGGGUACAAGCUACCAGGUCCCCAGACCCGUUCAAUCCUAUCAGGACACUGGGGAAUUGACAGACACAACUUCAAUAAAUGGGAGCACGCCGGAUUUCAGCACGGAUUUACUACAUGAUAAGGAAAUCUGGGAUGGUUUGAUGACCGAUGCUGGCUUUUGGAUGAGCGAGGGGAAUCUUUUGUCCGAUAACAGUCUUCCUCGUUAA